AUGGAUGACGGACGCUGGAAUCACGAGCCAUGGAAAAUCAGUGGCAGUGGAAAAUCCGAAUGGAGGCUCAUCGCAGUACCAGAGGCGCCCUCGGGCAGCUCGGGCACCUAUCCAAAGUUUCAGCUCUACUUGGACGCCACGAAGUGGGCAACGGUGACCGUGCAGGAUGGUUCUACAGUGUAUGUAAAGGAGAUGAUCAUCAGGGCACCCUCAAAUGCCAUUGAUGUGUGCUUGUGCUGCGCCACAACUGGUUCUCCGUUUAUUUCCACUCUUGAAUUGAGGCCCUUGAAUCUUUCCAUGUACGCUACAGACUUUGAGGAUGAUUUCUACUUAAAAGUAGCCGCAAGAAUAAAUUUUGGGGCUCCCAGCACGGAAGCUGUGAGGUAUCCAGAUGAUCCUUAUGACCGGAUAUGGGAUUCAGAUCUUGAAAAGAGGCAAAAUUAUCUUGUGGGAGUGGCAUCUGGCACAGAAAGAAUUAAUACAACAAAGAACAUAAAUGUUAAUACAAGAGAAUAUCCACCUGUGAAAGUAAUGCAAACUGCAGUAGUUGGCACAAAAGGGAUGCUUACUUACAGGUUAGACCUAGAGGAUUUCCCUGCAAAUGCCCGAGCUUAUGCAUACUUUGCUGAAAUUGAAGAGUUGGGGGUGAAUGAAACGCGGAAAUUUAAAAUGCAGGAGCCUUACAUGCCCGACUAUAGUAAUGCUGUUGUGAAUAUAGCUGAAAAUGCAAAUGGAAGCUACACCCUAUAUGAGCCAAGCUACAUGAAUGUAACUCUCGAGUUCGUCCUGUCAUUCUCCUUUGUGAAGACUAGGGAUUCUACUCGAGGGCCACUCCUUAAUGCGAUUGAAAUAAGCAAGUAUGUCCAGGUAGCCUCCAAUACAAAUGCACAGGAUGUGAAUGUUCUCCACGCCCUCCUCUCCAUGUCUGCUGAAAGUUUCCAGGCAAAUGAAGGUGACCCUUGUCUCCCAACUCACUGGGAAUGGGUGAAUUGCAGCUAUACAACACCACCACGGAUAACAAGAAUGGGAUACAACUUCCAUCUAGUGACCACUUGGUUAAAGCCCUUAAAAUCGAGUGCAAUACCAUCUUGUGUAUUUGAAGUUGAGAUUAUGCUGUCAGGCAAGAAUGUGCAGGGCGAAAUCCCAUCAGAGAUCAAAAACAUGGAUGCAUUGACAGAGUUGUGGUUAGAUGGCAACUCCCUCAAUGGUUCGAUCCCUGACAUGAGUAGUCUGAUUAACUUAAAAAUUGUGUAUGUGCAGAACAACUCUCUGAUGGGGGAAAUCCCUCCAGAAUUACUGGCAGGGAAUGUGACUUUCAAUUAUAAAGGCAAUCCAGGUCUAACUCAAAAGCAGAAGCACAAAAUUCAUUACAAGUUGAUAGUCAGUAUUUCAGUUGGAGUCCUUGCAAUCCUUUCCUUACUACUCAUAGGAAGCUUACUACUACUAUGCAACAUUCAAAAAAAGCAUUCUUAUCACAGAAGCGAUGACAAAGGUGAUUCUUUCCGGAUCAGCACCAAGCCUUCAAGUGCCUAUUCGGUAGCCCGAGGUGGGCAUUUAAUGGAUGAAGGAGUUGCGAUCUAUAUUCCACUCCCUGAGAUAGAAGAAGCUACAGAAAAUUUUUCAAGGAACAUAGGGAAAGGAAGUUUCGGGCCUGUUUAUUAUGGGAAAAUGAAAGAUGGCAAAGAGGUAGCAGUUAAAAUCAUGGCAGAUCCUACUAGCCACGGGACAAAGCAAUUUGUGACGGAGCUGCCAAAGGGUUUUCAUGUACUUGUGCAGGCAAGGUCAUUGAUUCGCAAAGGGGAUGUAAACAGCAUUAUCGACCCUUCCCUCGCUGGAACCGUCAAAAUCGAGUCGUUGUGGAGGGUCGCCGAGGUCGCAAUCCAGUGCGUGGAGAAGCACGGGUCCUCCCGCCCGAGGAUGCAGGAGAUAAUCCUGGCCAUCCAAGAUGCCAUCAAGAUCCAAAAAGGAAGCGAGAAGAUAUCUACAGAGAGUUCACGAGCACAAUCUGGUCGCAAAACGCUGCUUGCUAGCUUUCUCGACGUUGAGAGCCCCGAUUUGUCCAACGGAUGCCUAAAUCCAUCCGCGAGAUGA